AUGGUCACUAGAGCUCAAAAAGGAAUAUCUAAACCUAAAUUGUUUCCAGAUCAUGUUGCACAUGUCUCUGUUAAAUAUCCUAUUCCAUCUACUUUUCUUUCUUUGUUAACUACAGUUUCUGAGCAAAAAACUUUUAAGCAAGCAAUGAGUAUUCCUGCCUGGCAGGUCUCAAUGAAAGAUGAGUAUGUAGCUCUAAGAAACAAUGAAACUUGGGAUUAUGUGGCUCCUGAACCUCAUAUGAAUAUCCUAGGAUCUAAAUGGGUAUAUAAAGUGAAGCAAAAAUCAGAUGGUAUUAUUGAUAGGCUUAAAUCUAGAUUAGUUGCAAAGGGUUAUGAUCAGCAGGAUGACAUUGAUUACAAUGAGACUUUUAGUCCACUUGUGAAAUCAACUACAGUAAGAGUAGUUCUGUGUAUUGCUAUUACAUAUAAUUGUUCAAUAAG